GUUAGAUGUGCGUUUGCGUUUGCGAUUGAGAUUGGGGAUUGCGAUUGAGAUUGAGAUUGCGAUAGCAGACGCCUAUUGAUUGAUUGACUGGUAUAUAUUACUUACUUACUUACUUACAUACGAUACUUACAAUACAUAAGUCAAGGCGCGGAAAUAUUGAUUGAUUGAUUGAAUUUGGGAGAGCACGAUACAAUACGAUACGAUACGGGCAGAGAAUUGCGGAGAAGAGAAGAGGAGAGUAGUGCAAUUGGUGGAUUCGGAUUUUCGAAUUGAGGAGGUGAAUUGGGUGAAUUGAGUGAAGGAUUUCUGCCAGUUGUUUGGUUCUGGUUUUGGACAGGAAUAGGAAUAGGAACAGGAAUUCAAGGACGGGGGAGAUUGAGGAAGAAUCGAGAGACUUGAAAGAGAAGAAAGAAGACAUUGAUUGCGUGCGCAGCAUUGUUUGCGAUUAUCUACGAAUAUAUCUGCGGCAUCGAGAGCAUUUGGAGAAUUGAUACGAGGGAAUAAUAGACAGUGUGGAGGAAUUGCUGUUAGGGACUUUACAAGUGGAGGCCUCAACUUUUUUUUGCGAAUUCACCUGCGAUAUGGCUGGGUUACUGGAGCUUCCGUUGAAUAUAUUAGGGGAAUUGUUGGAGGUGGUUAGAAAUACGCCGGGUCAUAUAUUAUUAUUGGUUUUGGUGGGAUUGGUAGGAUUGGCAUUGGGUUGUGUGAGUUUAUUUUUCGUUUUGUCUUCGGGAUUGUAUUUUGUGCUGGCUUCUCCGAUGAGGAUUGACUCUGGUAUUUUAGAGACUUUUGCUAAUGAGGUACUUGUAGAUAUACAUAUUUCUAUUACUGGUCGCUCCAGUCCCAAGGCCACCUUACCCAUCAGAAAAAUCAUACACAACAACCACUCCUUCAGGAGCCACAGAAACUAAAUCCCUAACCUGCUGGUACGACAGUUGGGUUGCGCAUCGCGAAGCCUCUGUUUCAAAAACAAGUCCCCCUAGAGAAAACGAUGUCAGCACCGGGUUUAUCGAACCUGCCUCAAUAGAAAUGAGUCUUGUAGUCCCAGCCUACAAUGAAGAAGAACGAUUAACAGGCAUGCUGGAAGAAGCUGUAUCCGUUCUAGAUAAUACAUAUGGACGGAUCUCCAGAGGAAAGGGAACAGGAACAGGCUAUGAAAUCUUACUCGUAAAUGAUGGGAGUAAAGAUAAAACAGUACAAAUCGCAUUAGAUUUCUCGAGGAAAAAUAAUCUGCAUGAUGUUUUGAGAAUAGUGACGUUAGAGGAGAAUCGAGGAAAAGGAGGUGCGGUUACGCAUGGAAUGAGACAUGUGAGGGGUGAAUAUGCGGUAUUCGCUGAUGCGGAUGGAGCAAGUCGGUUUACGGAUUUGGGAAAAUUGGUUGCAGGGGCGAAGAAAGUGAUGGAUUCUGAAGGGAGAGCCGUUGCAGUAGGAAGUAGAGCUUGGUUAGUUGGAAGUGACGCGGUCGUUAAGGUAAUUCUCUCUCAUAUUUUCCCAUUCUUCUAUUUGCUAUCCAUCAAAUCCCCAAAUCAUCUACACUAUCAUUAUAAAUCCCCUCAAAAUACUAACAAAAAUAGCGUUCCGCUCUUCGCAACGCCCUAAUGCAUUCUUUUCACUUACUCCUCCGUCUCCUCACUCCACCAGCUACAUCCCGUAUUCGCGAUACACAAUGCGGAUUUAAGCUUUUUACCCGCGCGGCUCUACCUCAUAUUAUUCCGUAUAUGCAUGCUGAGGGAUGGAUCUUUGAUGUUGAAAUGCUUAUGUUGGCUGAGAGUGCGCCGGGGGUUGGGGUAGGGGAUGAAAAUGGAAAAGUGGAGGGAGGAAUAAAAGUCUCGGAACAAGCAAUUGGUUGGCAAGAAGUUGGUGGUAGUAAGUUGAAUGUUAUGUGGGAUAGUUUGGGGAUGGCGUGGGGAUUGGCGGUUUUGAGGGGGGCGUGGGGUAUGGGGGUUUGGAGGAGGAGGUGAGGUGAGGUGGGAUGAAGUGAAGUAAAGUGAAGCUCUUCCCUUUCCUGAGAUCUUGCCUGUAGAUUAGUUGGUAAAGAGUAUGGUGCUGUAGAUAUGGACAUGGAGGGUAUGUAAGGAUAGAUAUGAAGAUAGGGACAGAGAGAAAGAGUAAGAAAAAGAAAAGGAAUUAAUUAAUAGACCGGCGUUAUAUUUUCUCGAAAUCAAAAUUCAGAUUGAAAUUGGAAUAAAAAUAAAAAU